AUGGUACCGAAUUAUGGCUUCUUAAGCUGCCAGCAUAUUGCCAACACGCUUCCAAAGAGUAGUGUUCAUUAUAUUUUAGGUGGUGCAAUCAACACAAGGUUGCAAUCUCCAUAUACUGGAACCAUCACCGGAAAGAGGAUUAUUCUUCCUGCGCAUGAGGAUUCAUCUGUCCAGUUCCAAGCAGAGGAUGAGGCCGAAAUGCCAGAGUCUCGCGGAUGUCAUCAUCCGCCAGCAGAGGUUCAAAUUUUUUCUCAUAUCCGGAAGGCAUCAACAUCUUGGCUUCCCUCGUCGAUCUCGCACACCGGGCUUGUUCCUCGGCCUCAAAUUCGCUCUUAUGCUGCUGUUUUUGUAAAGGAUACUUCGGGAGAUGACACUCCAAAAUCCCCGGAUUUCUCCACAAUUAGAAGAGAUUCCGGUGAACCAUAUGACGAGAAUGAUCCUUCUCAUGCCUCAAACAGCUUUGCGUCUGACCCUCGCCUUUUUACCUAUAUGGUCGUUGGCGCGACUGGUGUCUUCACAGCCAUGGCAGCCAGAGCGGCUGUUAUUGAUUUUCUUGCCCCUUUAUCGCCCUCUGCUGCUACCCAAGCUACGGCCCAAACAGAGCUUGAUCUUUCUGCGAUUCCUGUGGGGAAAAAUCUUAUUGUCAAAUGGCGUGGAAAGCCUGUUUUCAUUAGACAUCGUACUCAAGAGGAAAUAGAUGAGAUGUCCUCAGUUGAUCUUGCGACGCUUCGUGAUCCUCAAAAUGACUCUGAUCGUGUCCAGAGACCCGAGUGGCUUGUGAUGCUUGGAAUAUGCACCCAUCUUGGAUGUGUUCCGAUGGGUGACUCUGGCGAUUUCAAUGGAUGGUAUUGCCCUUGCCAUGGCUCCCACUACGACCUUUCCGGGAGAAUUCGCAAGGGACCAGCACCGUUCAAUCUGGAAGUGCCUAAAUACAAGUUUACCACGGAGUCAAACAUCAUCAUUGGCUAG